CUUCCGCGAGCCGCCACACUUCCUGUCCCCCUUUUCGCCACCCUCCUCCCCAGCCAACUAAGCCGGGGAUGUCCCCUUCACCCCCACCCCAUCCCUUUGGAUCCAAUGCAGCCCUUUUCCUCCGCUCGAUUCAACCAGCAGCGACCAAGGACUCGGGGCGGGGGAAAGCAAUCCCGGCUGUCCCCAGGCAUGGCUCCGGCGUCCACUCCCCUUUAAUUGCCUGCCUCCGUCGCCUCUCCUGGCCCCCCCGGGGUCCUAGUGCACCGCCAAAUGGAACUGCAGAGAAAGGGGAAAGCAAAUAGACAAAGGAGAGAGCAGGCAGCGCCCUCUCCAAAGAUGGCCAAGAAGGAAGAGGGUGGUGUGGAGGUGAAACUGGAGGCGGACGAGGAGGAAGAGGCUGGCUACAUCCAAUCCGGUCGGCGCUACAAGUGCCUGACAUGCGGCAAGACGUUCCCCAGUGUGCCGCGAGUGUUGCGUCACCUGAAGACCCACGUGGCCAGUGCUGACGGUGGCUUGGGUAGCAAACUCGCCUGCCCCAGCUGCCGAAAGGAGUUCCCCGACCGUGGGCAGCUCCGGAAACACCAGCUCAGCCACCAGACGGAGCGCCCGCACCAAUGCCCCCUUUGCGCCAAGGCCUACAAGACGGCACCAGAGCUGCGCAACCAUGGGCGCAGCCACAGCGGCGAGAAACCCUUUGUGUGCCACGAGUGCGGCAAGGCUUUCAUGCAGCCGGUCUGCCUCCGAGUCCACAUGGCCCGGCACACGGGAGACCUGCCCUUCCGCUGCCAGCAGUGCCACAAGGGCUAUGGCACCCUCUCCAAGCUGAGGAUCCACCAGCGCUCCCACACGGGCGAGAAGCCGUAUUCCUGCAGCGAGUGCAGCAAGUGCUUUGCUGACCCCUCAGUGUUCCGGAAGCACCGCCGCACUCACGCCGGCCUACGCCCCUAUCAGUGCGAGGUCUGCAACAAGACGUACGCCGAGUUGAAAGACCUCAAGAACCACGAGCGCUCCCACACUGGGGAACGGCCCUUCUUAUGCCAGGACUGUGGGAAGGCCUUUUCCCGCUCGUCUUCACUGGCCUGCCACCAGCGCAUCCACGCAGCCCACAAGCCAUAUCGCUGCAACCUCUGCGGCAAAGGCUUCACCCAGCUCUCCUCCUUCCAAAGCCAUCAACGCACCCACUCCGGAGAGAAACCUUUCCUCUGCCCACAGUGCGGGCGCAUGUUCAGCGACCCUUCUAGCUUCCGCAGGCACCAGCGAGCCCACCAGGGCCUCAAGCCAUACGCCUGCGACAAAUGCGGGAAGGCGUUCCGCCAGCCGGCCGACCUAGCCAUGCACCAGCGCAUUCACACCGGUGAGAGGCCCCACAAGUGCUCCCAGUGCGAUAAGAGCUUCGUGGCCUCAUGGGACCUCAAGCGCCACCUGCUGGUGCACUCGGGGCAGCGCCCCCAUCAGUGCGGGGAGUGCGGGAAAAGCUUUGCUGAGCGGGCCAGCCUCACGAAGCACUACCGGGUCCACUCCGGAGAGAGGCCCUUCAAGUGCGAGCGCUGCGGCAAGGCCUUUGUGGUGUCCUCCAGCCUCCGGAAGCAUGAGCGCACCCACAGUAAUGAGAACAGUGACAACAGACCCGCACCCCUCAGCAACCAAGAGCCACCCCCUGGCGACCAGUCGGCCAUUGUUGUCGCCACGGUUUUGCCAGCUUGCGGGGAGUGCGGGGAAGCGUUUUCCUCUACCCAAGACCUGCGGCGCCACGAACGGCUAGCCCACCCCGGUCUGAGACCCUUCCCAUGCCCAGAAUGCGGCAAAGGUUUCUCAGACCGAGCCGGGCUGCGUAAGCACGAGCGCAUCCACUCGGGGAUCCGCCCCCACGCCUGCCCCCACUGCUCCAAGGCGUUCCUCGGCGCCUCGGACUUGCGCAAACACCUCAAGACCCACGUGGCUCUAGAGAACAGGGCCCCCGAGGACACCGUGGUGACUGCGACCAUAACGACCUACGAGCCGCUCCUGCCCGCCCACAUCCAUCACCAUGAUGACGGCACAGGAACUGACAAGGAGCCUCCAUCAGACUGUCUGCAGGAAGCUCUGACUGAACCGUCUUGAGGUCUGCCCCUUUCCCCGCCCACUAGAGAUGCGAUUGGGUGGGGUGGCUUGCCCGUUCUAUGACCUCACUGGUAGUGACGCAUCUUUCUCCAAAUAACAUGGUGUGGACAGCACUUUUUCUUCAGUGGCUUCUCUUUGGAAAUGGCUCUUUUCAUUCCCCACCCCCAAGCACUUAUUUUUCCAGAGGUGGGGCAUAGCUACAUGUGCUUUUCAUCGGUGGGUGAGGCUGCCGUCUCCCCGCUCCUCAAACACUUUGCCCAGUUUUGAACACAAAAUGUGUUGCCGUGUAAGGAAAAAAAAAUCAUGCUUUCACAAUAUUGACCGUUGUCUCCUUGAGAAAUGGGGGGGGGAUACAAUAAUGGGGUUAUGUGCUUGCACCUUCUUGCAGUCAGGCGUGCGUGCAUCUGUUGCACUCCCAUUAGUUAAAAUCUUAUGCCAUGUGUGGCUUGGGGGGUGGGAAGGAGGGUUCAAUUGGUAUGGAAGUGGCUUUUCCUUGUGGGGAGAAGAAAGAAGAAAGGAUGCUCCCCCUCUUCCGUUAUCUUCCAGGACAGUUAUCUUCCUGAAUCUGUCUCAUGCCCCCCCUGCUUGUAUGAACAGUUGAAAUAAAAGGCCUUCUUGUUUUAAAGGUGA